AUGAACGACAACAAGACUUUCAGUACUACCACCACCAUCAGUGAAGACUACAUCUUAUUUCCUUAUAGUGACCAUUAUCCCUCACAAUCAUUACUCCCUUUUAGUCCUUGCUCUUCCAUUAACGACAUCUUGAUUCACUUCAACUCCAACACACCAAACAAUCAUCAUCAUCAGUACCUACAAGCACCUUCUUCCUUUUCUCACUGCGAAUCUGUCCCUGAUUUUUCCCUCCUCGCCUCUUUCCUCCCACAAAACAAUGACCAUAAUGAUAACCAAACCAAUGACCAUCAUCAUCCUCCUUCACUUCUUCCCUUGAACAACCCUAUUGGAGAAUCUCAUCUCAUUGAGCCCUCAGAAACCAUAACCACACACAUGGAAGAUUCCCAGAGAAUCUCAACUUGUCAAGCCCCAAAAAUGAAAAAAGUCAAGAAACCAAUCAGAACGGACCGGCACAGCAAGAUCAAAACGGCGAAAGGGACAAGAGACCGUAGGAUGAGACUCUCGCUAGAUGUCGCCAAAGAGUUGUUCGGCUUACAAGACAUGCUUGGAUUAGACAAAGCCAGCAAAGCCGUUGAAUGGUUGCUCACACAAGCUAAACCCGAGAUCAUAAAGAUCGCGAACAGCCUUUCUAACCAAUUCAAUCACGGCCGGUUCAGCAGCUUCGAGGAGUCUCAACCCCGACCGGCAUUAGGAUUGAUGGAAACAUCUUCUGAUCUAUUUGAACUUACAUCAAUAUGGACAGUCGAGGAUAGAGGCAGCAACACUAACAUGACCGUAACCAGAGAAAAUGAUGUGGAUGGGAGAUCGGUGAGAGGGAAGAGAAGGAUGUUGCAACCUCGAACUCCCAUUUUGAAGAAGUUGUCUAAGGACGCGAGAGCGAAAGCAAGAGAGAGAGCAAAGGGUAGGACAAAGGAGAAGAUGAUGAAGAGAAUUGCACAAGUGAAUGUUGUUGUAGAAGGAGAAGCUCAUAAGCAUCAUCAUGAGAUAGUACUAAAGAAUAAUAAAAGCAAUGUGAAGGCAACGCCCUGCGAAGAAAAGAUCCAAGUACUUAUUUGCAAGAACAAUCGUUUUGCAGUUAACAACGAGUUUGUGGUGGAUAAAAAAGAUCACAUUUUAGAACAAUUCAAUUCAUCAUUUCCAAUGCUUGAUCACCAUCGCAGCCAAUGGGCAGCUAGUUCCAUAGAGCAGCAGCAAUUUGCGGAUCUUCACUUGGGCAAACCAAGAGACCUCAUGUACAACUACCAUAGUAUGUGCUGA